UUUUUAUAUCAGUCUUGGAUUGAUGGCGGAUUGACAAACAGACUUCCCAUCUUGUCUGAUGGAAGAACGUUGACUGUGUCACCCUUCAGCGGCAGAUUGGACAUCUGCCCUCAAGAUAGUGACCAAAACAAUUUCUACAUCUCCAUUGCAAAGCAAGAUUUCAUCUUCUCCGUUGCAAAUUUUGUCCGCCUCAGUCACGCCUUGUUCCCACCCAGUCGCGAGAGGAUGGAGUCUCUGUAUCACAAGGGCUUUGAUGAUGCUAUGAUGUUUCUACAGAAUAAAAACUGCUUUCAAUAACUCGUUUAACCUCGCUAGCCAUUUCUCGUGUGCGUACACUAUUUCACAAAUCAAGCAAAACAGAUUUACGGCGUAUAAAAUCAUCCACAAAUUGUUGCAGUAACUCUAAAGGCUGUGGUUGCCAGCUCUGAUUUGUCUACCUUUUUCAUGCCUCCAGUUUCCCUCUCCUCUGACUCUCAGUCUGAAGAAGGGUCUCGACCCGAAAACAUCACCCAUUCCUUCUCUCCAGAGAUGCUGCCUGUCCCGUUGAGUUACUCCAGCACUUUGUGUAGCAUGUAAGCUUCCAGCAUCUGCAGUUCCUUGUGUCUACUCUAAAACAUUGAAUUAAUUGAAUUGAAUUUCAAACAAAUUUGAACAAAAUUUUGUACCAUGCAGCCAUGACGGUAAAAAGCAACAAAACACACAAUUAACACAAUUUAACACAAACAUCCAGUACAGUGAAUCUCCAGGCACCAUCUCCUCACUGUGCUGGAAGGCAAAAAGUCACAUCUUCCCUGCUUCUUUUCCCGCAGUCAGGCAGUCAAACUGCUGUGUCGAGGCGAUUGAGGAUCUCGAUGUUGAAGCCCCCGCCGGGCGACGGUAGAUCUCGCGGCCAAUUUUAAGCCGCGCCGCGCGAUGAUUUAAGGCGUAAAGUCAAACUCUUGAAUGUACUAAGUGGGAUUUUAUGCAUUUUGUUGUUGCAUAGCAAGCCAUAUUAUGAUAGAACAUAGAAACAUAGAAACAUAGAAAAUAGGUGCAGGAGUAGGCCAUUCGGCCCUUCGAGCCUGCACUGCCAUUCAAUAUGAUCAUGGCUGAUCAUCCAACUCAGUAUCCUGUACCUGCCUUCUCUCCAUAUCCCCUGAUCCCUUUAGCCACAAGGGCCACAUCUAACUCCCUCUUAAAUAUAGCCAAUGAACUGGUCUCGACUACCUUCUGCGGGAGAGAAUUCCAGAGAUUCACCACUCUCUGUGUGAAAAAUGUUUUUCACAUCUCGGUCCUAAAAGAUUUCCCCCUUAUCCUUAAACUGUGACCCCUUGUUCUGGACUUCCCCAACAUCGGGAACAAUCUUCCUGCAUCUAGCCUGUCCAACCCCUUAAGAAUUUUGUAAGUUUCUAUAAGAUCCUCCCUCAAUCUUCUAAAUUCUAGCGAGUACAAACCGAGUCUAUCCAGUCUUUCUUCAUAUGAAAAUCCUGACAUCCCAGGAAUCAGUCUGGUGAACCUUCUCUGUACACCCUCUAUGGCAAGAAUGUCUUUCCUCAGAUUAGGAGACCAAAACUGUACGCAAUACUC